AUGUAUUAUCAAAUUUACCCCCGAUAUUUUAACUUCCUGGUAAGGGAAAAGGCAGUUAUUUUAGUUCCAGUCACUAGUAUGUGAUAUGGUGGAUUAACGUGAGAAUGUCUCCCAUUCCGAUUUCUCUGGUCUACGAGGUUACACAUUUAUACAUGCUAUAAGAAUAUAUACUUUGUCUGUGAGAUGCCUAGUGUGUGCAUGAUGUCAGCUAGCAAUCCUCCGCCUCCACUCCCUGUCCGGGGGAACCUCCCUCCUCUACGUAAGGGUGGGUCAAUCAGCCGGACCGCCUCCGCCGUGGGCAGACCUCUCCCGGCAACACCAAAGGACGGUUCUGCAACAAAGAACAAUGCACAAACAUUGUCAGGUAGAAAUAAAAAAUCACCUGUUGUUACAAAUUAUGAGAAUCAUGAAAUUAGAAUGGGAAGAAAUAAAUCAUCACCAGCAGAGUUGAAUAAAAUGACUUUUGAGGCCCCGCCUCCUCCACCAAGUCGUCUACCAAAACAACGGAACGUAUCGUGUCCAGGAUUACCGAAUAGCUCUCCUUCAACACCUACCGGUGGCUCAGAUCUACCCCCGGCCUUACCGAGCCGAGGACCACCACGGAAACCCUCCAUUUCUGGGUCGUCGUCAUCUCGGAAUGGGGCGUCCUCUGCUGAUCUCGAGGCGAGAUUUCCUUUCCAUGACCCCAGUGACUUCCCUCCGCCGGACAUGUUUGAAGGAGACAGCAAAGCGUAUGCUAGUAAAAAGGCUAACGGUCAACAGAGAGGAGCUAGAAGAAGAAAAUCGCCGGAUUUUCCUCCAGAGUAAAACUACAUUGAAUUGAUGACAUGUUUUGUUGGUGUACCAGACAUAGGCACACCGAGAUGGAGCCCGGGUAUUUGUGCAUAGCUUACAGGGAGAUACGUUAUGUUUCCUGGUUGAUUAUCUUGAUAUUAUCAUUUCUCCCUCAAACACAUCAGAUAUUUGUUGUGCUUGAGACAAAUGUUGAUUAUUUUUAAUUAAUAAUAUGAUUGAUGCAGUCUCGACUGCCCUAAAGGCAACAAACCCUGUCUAUAAAGGCCACAUGUCUAGGUUAACAAUGUACCAAUACGUAUUGUAUAUAAUGCUACUUGCCUAUAAUAUUCACUUUUAUCCGGUGUGUUGAGUGGACUUAAUAGACAGGUUUGUCAGUAGUAGAUGGAUUUUAGAGUUAAUGAAAGUGAGUUAUUUUCGAGUUAAAUUUUGAUUCAAUGCUAAAUAAGCAAUGGGAACUGUACAUUAUCCCAUAGUAUAUCAUGAAGUUUUGCUAAGUUUUAAGACUAUGAGAUGAUGACUUCGUAAGUUUUAAGUUUGUAUACACAGUCGUGUCACUAAAAACUCUCUCAUUAGUCAUCCCUGUUGUGGGGGUGCCUGGGCCGUAAUUACCAACGACUCGGUAUUUUGAAUUCUGAGGAAUUCCCUAGUGGUUGAAUCAUCCGAGAUCCAAAAUCUAAUACCAAAAUAUGAUUUUGUGUUAUAUAACGAUCUCGGCGUCCGGUUGUACCGGAAUUCUUUUACAUGUAUUUGAUCCCCGUUACAAGUACGAAUGUAGUCAUUGAGAAAUCGAAUCCCUCAUUGUCUGUGUGGACGGAAAGGCUAAGUACCGGAAUAAGAUGCUUAAUAUUUAUAUACACAUAUCGCACUUCAGUCACAGUUAUACCCGGAAAUGAACAGUAUCUCAUUGGAUGUAUGUAUGAUCAACAAGCGCCUGUGGCCACAGAUAUAUGUAUGAUCAACAAGCGCCUGUGGCCACAGAUAUAUGUAUGAUCAACAAGCGCCUGUGGUCACAGAUAUAUGUUUGAUCAACAAGCCCCUGUGGUCACAGAUGUUUGAUCAACAAGCCCCUGUGGCCACAGAUAUAUGUAUGAUCAACAAGCGCCUGUGGCCACAGAUAUAUGUAUGAUCAACAAGCGCCUUUGGUCACAGAUAUAUGUUUGAUCAACAAGCGCCUUUGGUCACAGAUAUAUGUUUGAUCAACAAGCCCCUGUGGCCACAGAUAUAUGUAUGAUCAACAAGCGCCUGUGGCCACAGAUAUAUGUAUGAUCAACAAGCGCCUUUGGUCACAGAUAUAUGUUUGAUCAACAAGCGCCUUUGGUCACAGAUAUAUGUUUGAUCAACAAGCCCCUGUGGCCACAGAUAUAUGUAUGAUCAACAAGCGCCUGUGGCCACCAAUAUAUGUUUGAUCAACAAGCGCCUGUGGUCACAGAUAUAUGUUUGAUCAACAAGCGCCUUUGGUCACAGAUAUAUGUUUGAUCAACAAGCGCCUUUGGUCACAGACUUUUUUUUUGUAUCAGAGAUAGAAUUUUUUAAGAUGGGGCGAUAUAUAUAUAUUGAGUUUGUUUAGAUUGUUAAAUUUAGAGAGAGAAAAAUGUUAGUUUGUAUGAUGUUUAAACUGUUCUGUCCUUCGCUUGUUCAGAUAUUCCUGUGAUGUAUAAAUAUCAUUUGUCAUGCAUUUAAUUAUGAAAUAUGUACACCUGAGCAUGAUUGUUAUUAAUAAUGUUUCACGCCGGCUCCAAUUUCUGCACCGUCCCUCUCUGAACAACCCCAUCGCACGCACCAAAAAAAGUAAAUAUAUGUGUCCUGACUGUUUCACAAUCUCUCUGCGCAAAGAAAGACCAAUAUAGAUGUCCUGAUUUUCAUGUCGACUGUAACAAGCGUUUACUUUAACGUCAUUCGGAAUUAUAUAAGUUAAAACGCUUGUUAGAUUGUAUUUAUUGGCAAUACCAAUGCAAUUUGAGUGACAAAUAAAAUUGCGCCCGUUCGACUGCAGCGCCCAAUGUGAAUAUAUACUUACAUUGAAUUUUAUCUAAUUCAGAUUUUAAUACACUUUUUUCAUAUUUCAAUAUUUGUAACGGCAUUUGCAACUCUAUAAUUAAGAAAUCUUAACAGAUAACACGUUUUCUUUAUAAUGACAUUUGGAAUAAUUUAUAUUGUUGAUUACAAUUCUUAAAGCGACUUUAACAGUAGAUUUCAUACUCAUUAAAGCGACUAUAAUUAACUGUAGAUUUCAUACUCAUUAAAGUGACUAUAACUGUAGAUUUCAUACUCAUUAAAGUGACUAUAACUGUAGAUUUCAUACUCAUUAAAGUGACUAUAACUGUAGAUUUCAUACUCAUUCAACGGUGAUUUCUUCAUUUGAAUAGCGACAGAUGAUAUAUACCUACUGAAUCAUGCGCUGAUUGGAGUAUUUACAAAACACGGUUGCAGAUACUUCUAGUUUUUGUAAUUAAAGGAAAAUCUUAGUUUCAUGAUGUAUUAAAAUUACUAUGUCUGAUAAUAUUUUCCAAUAAUGAUUUUUACAGUUAUAGUCGAUUUAACCGAUAGCCCGAGUGUCCUCUCGACAGAACACCAUGUCAGGUGUAUUUUUAUUAUGUCAUCUCGGACUAUAUAACCGAUAUAACAGUUUUUGAUACAAGAUCGACAGAAAUAAAUGGUUUCGAAGUGUUAAGGAAUGACAUAAUAUCUUUAUAACGUUUGCAGUGAUAUACAUUUCGUAGUUUGAAAAUCGCAACGGAUAGUAGAAGACCGUUCUGAAUAUGCGUUCCUUAUAGAAACAUGUGAAGUAGUUAUCUAUGAAGUCUGUAAAUAAAGCAUAUUCUUUAUAUUUCUUCUUUUCUAAUAUCACGACUGUAUCAAAGCUAGCUGUCACUGUGAUAUUUCUAAUGGAAACCAGGAAUUCAAUAUUAAGUUAAUUCGGAGUGAUAUCGGUUAAACUCGGUCAACACUUAUACAUUCUUGGGUGGAUGUAACUAAUACCACUUACCACUACCAAGGUAGAGCUUGAAUAAUUCAGAAUUUCAUUGAUGUUAUGUCCGGCAGUUUUGAGUCGGAUAUCAUACGUAUUGACCCUUUUGGAGAUUUGACAUUGUCACAUGUCUGUAGUAUAAUGCACAGGGACCCGAUAAUUGGUGAAGAAUUGUUAGACAGUUUGACGGCGUAAUGAUGCCAUUACAUUUUUACCCCAUCUUACCAGAGCUAAUUUUUAAACGUCUUAUAAUAUUCUACACACACCAUGAUGGGUCUAAACACAGAUGAAUUGUAACCCAUUCUCGGGUCCCUGUGUAUUACAAGUUGUAUUAUCUACAGUAUUACACGGGACAGAUACAUCCCUGGUAGCGAGCUUUAUGUGUUAGUUUGUACAUUACAACGUGACUAGGAUAUAGCAGCUUUGUGUAUUAAAAUCUGACAACACUGGA